GCAAAGGUACGCAGCGUGGAGUACUGGGACUAGUCUGGAUCAGAUCACGUGACAUGGGUGUAAAGAAAACUUAUUCGGCGCGGACGGCCAUGUUGACUGUAGUGGUUGGACGCUAAAAUUCUGUUUCGCAACCAAGUUUCCCUCUAAACAGGAGAUCAUCAAGGCAUCUGGGUAGCGAAAGGAGCUCAAAUAACUUCAGGAUACGUAAGAUGUCAUGUAUGAAUGCAGCUAUAGCCCUUUAUGACUACAAAGCAACAGACAGUGAAGAACUGUCCAUUAAGAAGGAUGAAAGACUGGUGGUGUUAGAUGACAGCAAGGGAUGGUGGAAGGUGGAAAAUUCAAGACAUGAAAAAGGCUAUGUUCCUUCAAACUAUGUGAAAAAGAGCAAACCUACAGGCAAAAGCUGGUUAAAGGGAAAAAGUACCAAAUCACCUAAAGAAAAUGGAGCAAUGUCGUCACCUGGUGAAUAUUUUGUUCCUCAGGAUGUUUUGGCUGGAUUUGAGACUGUGAUUGCAAAAUUCAACUUUCAACCGCAGCAUGAAGAUGAACUUCUGCUGAAGAAAGGAGACAGGAUAACUGUUUUAGAAAAGAAAGAGGAUGGGUGGUGGAAGGGAAAAAUUAGAAUGCAAUCUGGCUGGUUCCCAUCCAAUUAUGUUUAUGCCGAAGAGGAGAACUCAAAACCUGUGAGUAAAUCUUCGCCAAAGCCUGUCCUACAGAAAGUGAGGACAUUGUACACUUUUGAUCCCAAAAAUCCUGAAGAGCUUAGUUUUAAAAAGGAUGAAAUUCUGGAUAUUAUUGAAAAACCUGAAGAUGACCCCGAGUGGUGGGUUGCUAGGAAACAGGAUGGCUCUACCGGCUUAGUUCCGAGCAAUUAUAUUACAAAUGUAGAGAACAACGCUAGUAAAGUACCGAUGCCAAGCUCCGAACCUGUGAUCGACAACAGAGUGCAAGGAAAAGUUAUUUUACCUGAACAUAAGAAACUCCCAUUUGCUGACAAGGUUUGGUUCUGGGGUAAAAUUACUAGGGAGUAUGCUGAGAAGAUGUUGAACAAAGCUGCUGCAGAUGGAGACUUUCUAGUGAGAGUCAGUGAGACGCAGGUAAGCAAGGGGCCUGUAGUUCUGGUUGAAGUUGUGUCAUAUCAUGAUUGUGGUUGUAAAUGGGUUUUAUUGCUUAUUUGUGUUUACUUCUCUAUUUUUUUUUUUCAGAUGUCAUGUAUGAAUGCAGCUAUAGCCCUUUAUGACUACAAAGCAACAGACAGUGAAGAACUGUCCAUUAAGAAGGAUGAAAGACUGGUGGUGUUAGAUGACAGCAAGGGAUGGUGGAAGGUGGAAAAUUCAAGACAUGAAAAAGGCUAUGUUCCUUCAAACUAUGUGAAAAAGAGCAAACCUACAGGCAAAAGCUGGUUAAAGGGAAAAAGUACCAAAUCACCUAAAGAAAAUGGAGCAAUGUCGUCACCUGGUGAAUAUUUUGUUCCUCAGGAUGUUUUGGCUGGAUUUGAGACUGUGAUUGCAAAAUUCAACUUUCAACCGCAGCAUGAAGAUGAACUUCUGCUGAAGAAAGGAGACAGGAUAACUGUUUUAGAAAAGAAAGAGGAUGGGUGGUGGAAGGGAAAAAUUAGAAUGCAAUCUGGCUGGUUCCCAUCCAAUUAUGUUUAUGCCGAAGAGGAGAACUCAAAACCUGUGAGUAAAUCUUCGCCAAAGCCUGUCCUACAGAAAGUGAGGACAUUGUACACUUUUGAUCCCAAAAAUCCUGAAGAGCUUAGUUUUAAAAAGGAUGAAAUUCUGGAUAUUAUUGAAAAACCUGAAGAUGACCCCGAGUGGUGGGUUGCUAGGAAACAGGAUGGCUCUACCGGCUUAGUUCCGAGCAAUUAUAUUACAAAUGUAGAGAACAACGCUAGUAAAGUACCGAUGCCAAGCUCCGAACCUGUGAUCGACAACAGAGUGCAAGGAAAAGUUAUUUUACCUGAACAUAAGAAACUCCCAUUCGCUGACAAGGUUUGGUUCUGGGGUAAAAUUACUAGGGAGUAUGCUGAGAAGAUGUUGAACAAAGCUGCUGCAGAUGGAGACUUUCUAGUGAGAGUCAGUGAGACGCAGGAAGGUGGCUAUUCAGUGUCCAUGAAAGCUCCAGACAAAAUCAAGCAUUUUAGAGUGGAGUUUACUGAUGGAAAGUUUAAAAUUGGUCCACGGAAUUUUAGCACGGUGGAAGAGUUAAUAGAACAUUACAAAAGAGCUCCCAUUUUUACUGAUAAAGCUGGAAACAAGAUGUUUCUUGUUAAGCCUUUUGAGGAGGGCUCCUAGUGAUAGAUAAUUCUAAAAAUCUUUUAAAUUUGAGGGACUGAGUAAGAUAGUAAAAGCUAUCUAAACAGAGAAUUUUACUUGGUUCUUGUAAUUUGGAUGUCACCAGUGUCUGACAGCAAAAUUGUACAAGAUCAAUUUUGGAAUAUGGACUGCAGAUGGUGUAUCUUGA